UUGUCUGGAGCCACGCCCCCUGCCGUGGCCCCGCCCCGCGGGAGGUCGGUCUGUGGGCGGUAAAUAGCGCCGCACGUGAGAGGCAGCUUCAGGCGUCGAAGAGCUAGAGCGGCGCGAGCGAGUAUCCGAGAGCCAGUCCCGUCACCGCACCUGCCGCGCGCUGCGAUGAGAGCCGCGCGGGUCGCCCUGCGCAGCGCCGCCCCUCUGGCGGCGGGCGGGGUCAGCGGGCGCGUGCCGCGCGAGGUGGAGCGCUUCUCCCGCUACUCGCCCUCCCCGCUCUCCAUCCAACAGUUCCUGGACUUCGGUUCAAGUAAUGGAUGUGAAAGAACCUCUUUUGCAUUUUUGAGGCAAGAACUUUCUGUGAGGCUAGCAAAUAUCUUGAGAGAAAUUGACCUGCUUCCUGGUCAGUUACUGAGCACUCCAUCAGUACAGCUGGUAAAAAGCUGGUACAUUCAGAGUCUAAUGGAGCUAGUUGAGUUCCAUCAAAAAAACCCAGAGGACCACAGGGUUUUAUCUGACUUUAUAGAUACACUUGUUAUAGUCCGAAAUAGACACCAUGAUGUUGUUCCUAUAAUGGCGCAAGGAGUAAUUGAAUACCAAGACACCUUUAGAGUGGACCUAGUCACCAAUCAAAAUAUUCAAUACUUCUUGGAUCGAUUUUACAUGAAUCGUAUAUCCAUCCGGAUGCUAAUAAACCAACACACACUUCUUUUUGAUGACAAUACCAACUCGGGUCACCAACAGCACAUUGGGAGCAUUGAUCCAUGCUGUGAUGUGGUGGGAGUGGUGAAUGAUGCUUUUGAAAGUUCCCGGAGACUCUGUGACCAGUAUUACUUAGCUUCUCCAGAAUUAAGUCUUAUUCAAGUGAAUGGAAGAGUGCCAGGACAACCCAUUCACAUUGUUUAUGUUCCUUCCCACCUCUUCCAUAUACUGUUUGAGCUCUUCAAGAAUGCCAUGAGGGCAACAGUUGAACAUCAGGAGAACAAUUCUUCCCUUUCUCCAGUUAAAGUGACUGUCGUUCUAGGAAAUGAAGACCUGACAAUUAAGAUCUCUGACACAGGAGGUGGUGUUCCAUUGAGGAAAAUCAAUCUCCUGUUUAGCUACGUGUAUUCCACAGCACCGAGACCAGUGAUGGACGACUCUCGUAAUGCUCCUUUGGCUGGUUUUGGGUAUGGCUUGCCAAUUUCUCGUCUAUAUGCCAAAUACUUUCAAGGAGACUUGAAUCUAUAUUCUGUACCAGGUUAUGGAACAGAUGCUGUUAUCUACCUGAAGGCUCUUUCAACAGAAUCAAUAGAAAAGCUCCCUGUGUUCAACAAGUCUGCCUUUAAGCGUUAUCAAAUGGCUACAGAGGCAGAUGAUGAUUGGUGUAUCCCAAGUAAACCAAAAAACUCAGUGAGGCAAAGUGCAGCCAUGUGAAAGAAGUGUCAAGUUGUAUGAAGAGACAGUUUGAUUCCCUUCUAUCAGGACUAAUGCUUGAGGGCAUUACUCUACAGUUCCUUCCAACAGGUCCUGGAAUAGGAGGACUGUCAGUCUGUUGGAAUAAGGGAAGGAAAGAUCAUGCUGGAGGUUAUAGUCUAGACCAGGGCUGGCAUAACGGGUGGGCAACAUGGGCGCCUGCCCUGGGCGCCAUGGUCAAAGGGGCACCAUUAGUGCUUAAUUUGUUCCAGAGCUUGCUACCGCUGAGCCCCAGUACCUCUGGUCUGCUGGUCAGCAGCUGCUGCUCUCCGACCACCCAGCUCUGAAGGCAGCGCUGCCAGCAGCAGCACAGAAGUAAGGGUGGCAAUAUUAUACCGUCCCACCUUUACUUCUGCAUUGCCACUGGUGUUGGCAUUGCCUUCUGACCUGGGCACCUAACCAGCAGCCACCACUCUCCAGCUGCUGUGGUCAAGAGGCAAGGAGCUAGGGUGACCAGAUGUCCCUGAUUUUAUAGGGACAAUCCCAAUAUUUGGGGAUUUUUCUUUUAUAUAGGCACUUAUUACCCCCCCACACACACUUGGUCCUGACUUUUUUUUUUUUCCAUACAUGCUAUCUGGUCACCCCAAAAGGAGCAGGGUGGGCCUGGGGUGCAAGUCUGCAGAAAGGAGCUCAGGGCAUUGAGGGGAGGCAGCAGGGGCAAUGGGGAGCCCAGGAAGGCAGUGGGGUCCAGGAACAAUGGGGGAAUGAAUGGGGAGGCAGUAGGGGCCAGAGGCACCAAAAUACAAGUUGCCCCAGGGUGCCAUUUUCCCUAAGGCCAGCCCUGUCUAGACUGCAUGAUUUGACCUGUGCAGUUCAGUACAAAGCGAACCUAAAGAUGUGUAUAUCUUUCAAUGUUACCCUUACCAAAAAAGGCAUAUAAGAAGUUCAGAUUAAUACUUCAGUUUUUCAGGUACAUGAUCUGAGACUUGAUGUAAUAGAUGUAUACAGUUUCUGAACCAUGUUUACUCUUGAAUCUCUAAAUGCUGACACUUGGGUACCUAUUUUUCUCCCAGAACAGUCACUUAGAGCGUCACCAUGUUACAGAACUCCGCAGUUAGGUGCGUAUACUGGUGUACAAUAUCGUCCUAUUCAGAUCCACUUUAACAUGACCGGGCAGCAGCAGGAUAGGAACCUUUAAGGUGUGGCAGGUUGGCUGACCCACACAUGGCUAAGUAUCUUAUGACAUUAGAAAGUCCCAUUUUUCUCCCUGUACUUCCCGAUGGUAAAUGUUAAACAACUUUUAUUCCAAAAAUAGCUUGCUUAGAUAAUUUUUAUUUCUUGCCCUGAAUGGGCAGAAGAUUGGUGUCAUUUUCAGGAAUUGUUUUUUGUUUUUGUUUUUAAAAACCAGCAAGUUGUGUUCAAGGUAACUUGGAGAAGGCUGUGUCUGUAUCUUGGGGAUGCAUGUGACUGUGACAAACAUAAUGACGCAUGUAGUCCACAUCUUUGAACUGUAAGAGCUGUGCCAAACAUAUAGGCUUGGAUUUUUCAAAGGAGCCCACCUAUGGAGAAUCCAGUACUUCACAUGAACAACUAGUAUCCAUGCUCAGUUGUGUGAUGGUUUUGUAAUGCAGAUCAUCUUGGCUAGAAACAGAGAGAGCCACUAAACAUUUUUGCUGUGGACAUCAGAUUUGAGUUAAUUUUUAAUCCAAGCAAUAGUAGACUGUUGUACUACCUUAUUCAGCAGAGUGAGUUUUAACUGGUACUGUGUAUAACUGUACUGUAUAGUUUUUUAUUCCAUUAGUAUAGCUUUAGUCCAUGUGUGUAGUAACAUUUCAGAGAAUGUUCCACCUUCAAAAGAUGUUCAGUGUUUUUGUAGCUCUUUUGGUGUAGACUCUCAUGUUGACCUUGAGAACUUGUAGAUUCUUACAAAUGUUUAAUUUGUUUUUUAUAGAAACUGUUUUAGAAAAACUUAGCACUGAAACUACUUAAGUUUAACUACUGAGCAAAAUGAUUUAAUGCACUGCAUAAAAGUUGGUGAAUUUAGUUUAUCACCUUGCAUGAUCUGGAAUUUCCAAAGAUGAUCUGAUAAUCUAAACAAAUUAUAAAAUGGGCUGACCACAUAAAUUUUUCUUCCUUAUUAACUCUUUAGAAUCAAAUAUCUUUAAUCUUAAAAAAUAUAGGGAUGAAAAAGGUAAUCUUCACUGUGUCACAGUGCUUCAGUAGCUUAUAGAUCUUGAAUGCUAGACAAGGUCAUGAAGUGCACCUAGACAAUCUCUCAUUUCAAGUAAACAUAAAUUUUGGCUCUUUCUCUAGGCUCAUUAAUGCCUGAGCAUGACCUGUGCUCUCAUGCUCUUUAGUACUUUUGUAAUAUAUAACCACAUGUCCCUUCCCUGGAGAUGAGUGCCUUUAGUUUCAAAACAUCACGAACACUUUUAUGCUGCUGUGAAUAAUGUUGUUAAUACUUGCAGGUGGAAGUAUUCUGAACAGCAUUACCUUUAAGCCUAUAUUGAAUUAUAGGGCAACUUCCUAAUGCUAAGUGAGUCUUUAGUACCACCUCUCUAUUCAAAACACACUCAGUGCCAUAGGUGGAUAUCAAUAUGCAUACCAGAUCAGCACCCCACAAGGAGCCUCUUUUGUAUUUAACUACUUUGCACUAGAAUCUUUUAACUGUUUUUGAAGUUUGUUUUGACAAGGCUUCUGAUUUUAAUCCUUGUACUGUACAUAAGUGUUAUAUAAUUUUGUAAUAAAUAUUCUUUUAAACUGG